AUUAAUAAAAAUGAAUCAUCGACCCUCACUAAAAAGAAAAAAGAAAAAGAAAAAGAGAAAAUGAAGACAUCUGGGCUGCUCCUGAAAAUCAGCCUAAUUUGUUCAUUAUCAUGCACAGUUGUUGUUACUCAGAGCGAUGAGAAAUUUGUCCAAUGCCUCGAAUCCCAUCACAACUCAUCAUCAAACCCCAUUUCCGAAGUCGUUUACACCCAAAAAAACUCGUCCUACACAUCUACACUGCUUUUCUCCAUACAAAACAUACGUUUCGUGUCGCCUUGGAUGCCCAAGCCAGCAUUCAUCGUCACCCCUUUCACCGAGUCUCACAUCCAAGCCGCAGUUGUGUGCUCCAAGGCCCAUGCGCUGCAGCUACGAGUUCGCUGCGGCGGCCACGACUACGAGGGUCUUUCCUACUCUUCCAACCUCCCAUUUGUAAUAAUCGACUUGAAAAACCUCACUUCCAUAGAUAUCGAUGCACAAAAUAGGGUUGCAUGGGUCGGGGGAGGUGUCCUUUUAGGCAAUCUUUCUUACGAAAUCGCGAAAGUCAGUCCGAAUUUCGCCUUCCCCAACGGGCUCUGCCCCACCGUUGGGGUGGGCGGCCACUUCAGCGGCGGAGGCUACGGCACCCUGCUGAGAAAGUACGGCCUCGCAGCUGAUAACGUGGUGGAUGCGAGAAUAGUCAAUGCUCGCGGACAAGUUCUUGAUAGAAAAUCAAUGGGCGAAGAUCUGUUCUGGGCUAUUAGAGGCGGAGGCGGCGCGAGCUUUGGCAUCAUCACGGCGUGGAAAAUCACGCUCGUCCAAGUUCCUGACGCCGUCACCGUUUUCACUGUGAACAGAAGUUUGGAACAGAGGGCAAUCGACCUCGUUCAUCGAUGGCAGUACGUUGCUCCCAAAUUCGAUCGUGAUUUGUUUGUUAGGAUCGUUGUAUCACGAGGAGGAGGGAGUGAAACGACGGUGCAGGCUGCGUUUAACUCGGUUUUUCUUGGGAAGAUAGAUAGGGCGGUGGAGCUGAUGAAGGAGGGUUUCCCUGAGCUGGGAUUGAGGAAGGAAGACUGCACAGAGAUGAGCUGGAUCGAAGCGGUCCUCUACUUCUCGGAUCUUCCAGAAGGAUCUGUUCUGGAAGAUCUGACGAGGAGAAACCCUAAUCCGAGGACUUUUUACAAGGCAAAAUCGGAUUAUGUGGAGACUCCCAUUCCCAGACGCGCCUUACAAGGGCUGCUGGAGUUUUUCUAUGAGGAGGAAGCUGAGGCUGCGCAGCUCAUUCUCGCGCCUUAUGGCGGGAAAAUGGCUGAGAUUUCGGCGUCCGAAAUUGCGUUUCCUCAUAGGGGUGGAAACAUAUAUGAAAUUCAACAUUUGGUGUAUUGGGAUGAAGAGGGAAAUUAUGAGAGUGGGAGAUACAUUGAUUGGGUUAGAAGAGUUUAUGAAUAUGUGACACCCUUUGUUUCAAGGAACCCUAGAGCUGCUUAUUUGAAUUAUAGGGAUCUGGAUUUGGGAGUCAACAACAUUAAAGGUGACACAAGCUAUGGCGAAGCUAGUGUUUGGGGGAUUAGCUAUUUUAAGAAUAAUUUCAAGAGGUUAGUUCGAGUGAAGUCCAUGGUUGAUCCGGAUAAUUUUUUUAGACAUCAGCAGAGUAUUCCAAUAAUUGGAACUAAUAUAUAGUGUUUGUUUGUUUGUUUUUUCUUUUAAGGGAAAAUAUAGUAGUUUGGUAAUAGUCAAUUAAUUACGAAAUUGGCUUGCAUGCUUGGUGACAAUAAUACUGUAAUAAUUUAAUAGUAUACUUACCAAGAAAUAAUUUGAUCGACA